AUGCAGCUUUCAGUUUUUCGUUUACGUGGCCCAUUAGCACUCAAGACCAGUGUUGCUACAAGUCAGUCUGCAGUAACCAGAGUCUUAGUACCAGCUCGUAACUACAGCUUUAAAUUAGGUGCGGAAACUGCUGGACCUCCGCGCCUUCCAAAGGAAGAACAAGAGGAAUUCGAAAAGUUACAAAAAAUUGCUAGCUCUCAAGCAGCUAUAGAAGAAUACAACCGUGGGAUAGAGAAGGAAAGUGUAGCCACGUCCCCUGAAUUUUUCAAGAUUAUUCCUGAGUUUGAAGGUGACGUGAACCCAAAAACUGGAGAAAGAGGUGGCCCUAAACAGGACCCAUUGCGCCAUGGAAGCGACUGGUCGUUUAACGGCAGAGUGACUGAUUUUUAG